AUGAGGUGCAGCGAAAGUACAGAGCCAUUAUGCCGUCGAGUAUAUAAGGCUCACUGUAGAAAACGAAGCGGUUCAGUCAGUGGUUAUACGCCACCUAAAAACAUACGCGAACUCGACGAUGAAUAUCAAGAAUCCAGGCUCGCCAUCGUCCUGGUGGCUCUGGCCACGCAAGCUAGCCUAGCGGAGGAGGCGAGCAAGCCAGCAGAGGAGGACACGACGAAAGACUCGGUAGCGGAGUCGAGCGAGAAGAAAACGGAGAAGCGUGGUCUCCACGGCAGCUACGGUGACCUGGGAGGCGGAGGAGACGGCGGUGGCGGCAGCUACGACCACCACGAGCACGUGAAGACGGUCACGGUGGUGAAGAAGGUACCGGUGCCUUACGAGGUGACCAAACACGUGCCCUACUUGGUCGAGAAGCACGUACCGUACGAGGUUAAAGUCGGCGUACCGCAGCCUUACACCGUGGAGAAACACGUCCCGUACCCCGUGAAGGUGUUCGUAAAGGUGCCCGUGCACGUGCCCCAGCCGUACACCGUGGAGAAGCACGUGCCUUACGAAGUCAAGGUACCCGUGGACAAGCCGUACGAGGUAAAGGUGCUGGUGCCGCAGCCGUACACCGUGGAGAAACACGUACCAGUGCCCGUCAAGGUGCCCGUGCCGCAGCCGUACACCGUCGAGAAACACGUGCCGUUCCCAGUGAAGGUCAAAGUUCCUCUGCCGCAGCCGUACCCCGUGAAGAAGCCGGUGCCGUACGAGGUGAAGAUCCCCGUCGAUAAACCGUACCCGGUCUCCGUGCCCAAACCGUACCCCGUCACCGUCGAGAAGCCGUACCCGGUGCCGGUGGACAAACCGGUGCCCUACGAGGUGAAGGUACCCGUGGACAAACCGUACCCCGUGCCCGUCGAGAAGCCCUACCCGGUGCCGGUGAAGGUACCGGUGCCCCAACCGUACACGGUACACAAACCGGUGCCCGUCGCGGUACCCAAGCCCGUGCCCUACCCAGUUAAGGUACCCGUGGACAAACCGUACUUGGUCGAGAAGGAAGUACCCGUACCAGUCGAGAAAGAAGUACCGGUACCCGUCAAGGUACCCGUGCCUGUACACAUACAGGAGGAUCACGGCAGCGGAGGCGGAUACGGAGGCGGAUACGGAGGCGGAUACGGAGGCGGGUAUGAAGGAAGCUCUGGAUAUGGAGAGGAAGGCGGUUACUAUCAUCAUCGUUGAUUAUUUGCUUGAUAUGGUAGGACGGUCACUUCGAGGUUAGAGCUUCUUUUCUAUGCUUUUCGUAGGGUUAGGUUGCGUUGGAGAGUUGUAGAUGGCACGGAGUGGGCGGAGCGAUGGGUGGGGCUACGCUGAAGUGGGUGGAGUUUGUACGUUGGAGGAAGAAGAGUAAGUGGCGGGUAGAUGGGUUUUCAAAUUUGAAGUUUACAAAUAUUUAUACUUCUCAAUGUCCAAAUUUCUAUAUCAAAUUUUUAAAUCUUCAAAUGAACUGUGUAAACUUCUACAGUUUCAAUUGUACUAUCACCAAAUCAGAAA